AGCGACUAAAUUAAUUAGAUAAUUUGAUUGCAUAGUGCGAAAGUAACUUUUAUAAAGGCAUUUCAAAAAUUCCAAAAAUGGCAUGUUAUUUAGUUCAAAAUUGAACUUAUUUGUCUACAUGCUGAUAAUAGUAUUAAUUAAUUUGAGUCAAGUUUCAACAGAAGAAAAUUUAACAGCACUUAGUAGUGAAAUGCACAAACAUUCACCCGUUUACAGACCUCACACUCACACCCUUGUGAAAUAUGUCGUUUCAAUAAGGACUCGAAAUUUCGAUAUUGUUUUUGGAGAUAAUCACUACUGCGCUGGAUCCAUUAUAGCCCCCAAUAAAGUUGUGACUGCUGCAGUAUGCGUGAACAAAGGGAAUAAUUUAAUUAAUGUAGAAGACAUAGUAGUCGUUGCGGGCUCCCCAGUUCUAUUCGAUCAAACUUCUGCCACUAAAAUAAUAAAUGUGUCAAAUAUAAUUGUACAUCCCAAAUACAAAUAUCCGAAAUUUGAGUAUAAUAUUGCUAUAGUUGUACUGUUGGAAUCUUUAAUAAUGGAUGGUAUUUAUAUAGAUACUAUACACAUGGUGCAUAAAAGUCCGACACCUGGCACUGAAUGCACAGUGGUAGGUUGGGGUAGAGUAUUUUAUCGGGGACCUUUUGCAUAUGAAGCGUUAUAUGUGGAUCUCUAUGUAUGGUUACCUGAGAUAUGCACUCGAAGGGUGAGAAGAUUCAAAGUUGGUUUGUUAUGUGCGGGUGAUAAGAAUGACUAUGAAAAAGAUACGUGCUCAGCUGAUGCUGGCGGGCCCCUCAUAUGCAAUAAUCGGCUUGCAGGAGUGGCUUUGUUUGAUUUGAGCUGUGGGGUGCCUAAUUAUCCAGGAGUAUUUACCGAUGUGUCGCUAUUUAGAGAUUGGAUUGAAACUAAUUCGGGCACAACGGAUAACUGUGCAAAAAUUUUACCAAUAUUGAGAUCAGGUGGAUCAUUUCGAGGUAUGACCAGAGAAGCAAUGGCUAAAUUUGUAGUUUCUAUACGUUCGCAACGAGCUAAGGCGUAUUUUGGGGAUAAUCAUUAUUGCGUUGGUACAUUAAUUGCCAGAAAUUAUGUAGUUACUGCCGCGCAUUGCGUUAUGGACAUGAACCGAAUCAUAACACGGCCAAAUCGACUAAUGUUAGUUGCUGGGAACCCAAACAGAUUAUCUGAAGAAAAGUCGACUGUUAAGUUGUUAGUUGAUAAAGUAAUACCACAUGAACAGUUUGUGCAUACCAAAGGUUUCAAUAUCGCUCUACUGAAAUUAAAAACAGACUUUCCUAAGGAUAACGACGAUAUUGGAUUUAUAAGUAUUGCGGAACACAGCUUGAUCGCAGGCACUAAUUGCACAAUGAUUGGUUGGAGUCGCAUAGCGCCAAAAAGCGCAGUGGCAGCUCAGUUGGUAUACAAAAAUCUUCAAAUACUGGAUAAAAGCGUUUGUAAAAAUAUUUACGGUGAUGAGUUCUAUGAUGAUAUGUUGUGUGCACAAGAUUAUUCAAAUUGGAGUAUCUAUCCCUGUCACGGUGAUGCUGGUGCGCCACUUAUAUGCAAUGGUGCAUUAUGUGGCAUUUAUACAUGGAAGGACAGCUGUGGAAAAUUUAACUAUCCAACUGUGUUUACAGAGGUAUUUGAUUAUAGAAGUUGGAUUCAUUCUAUUUCCAAAGCACAUAAACAUAUCAUCCUAAAGAGAAACUUAGUUCUAAUUGUUUUAGUUUACGGGAUUCGAUUGUUAUAUUUAUAGACUAAAUUUACGUGUACUUCUGCUAAAUUGAGGCCUAUACAAUUUUUUCUAUUUGAUAAACAGUUAUAUAUAUGUAGACACUGUAAUCUUAGAUUGCUAAACAAUUUCAUAAUUGCAUUUAA